AGAAAUUUUUUCAACAACAAGAAUGCAAAAGUUACUUUCAUUAAUUAAAAAAUUUAUUCAUCAAUCAAAAAUAAAACCUAUGUUAAUUACUUAUAUCAAUAAUUUGAUUUCAGUGGUUGAUUAUUAUUUAAUUGGAAUAGAACCUAUUGAAAAUAUUCAUGAAGGGUUAUUAGAAAAUCUUUUAGAUAUUUUGUGUGAAUCAUCAAACCUCUUUCCUAAUUUAAUUAAAGAAGGAGAGCAUGUUGAAUUUAAUGAUAUUAGAAUUACUUUUGUUACAUGGAUAUCAACUUUAAUGAAUGUUUUAUUAAAAAUUAUUAAAAUAUUUACACCUAAUUAUUUGUAUAUUCAUUUUCCAUUAAUUCAUCAAAAAUUAAUGUCUCAUAUUAAUUCUAUUUUAGAUAAAGUUCCAAUUCUUUCAAUUAAUAAUGAAAAAUACUAUUAUCGCCAAAUAGGAAAAAAUCAAUCUGUUUCUCCAGUUACUUUUAUUCUUCCUUUUUAUACUAAAGUAUUAAUCUUAUUUAAAUUAAAUAACAUUGAAUUUAAUAUUCCAAUUGAAGAUUGUAAAAAAAUUGUACAAAUAGCUCUAUUUCCAAUUAUUUUUAAAGAACAAAUUGUUAAUAAUGAAUGGAUAAGAAAUGGUACAGAGGUUUUUAUUCAAUAUGAACAGGUAGUAUCAUUACAUUUUAAAGAACCUUUACUUAAUACAAUUCAAUUACUUCAAUUUUUAGCUGAAAGAAUUGGAUUUGAUUAUAUUUUAAUAGAAAUGAUGAUUGGUAUUCAAAUAAUCAAUUGCGAUUCUUUAAUUGAUAAAGAAAUACCUCAAUAUAAUGAAAAAAUAAAAAAUAAACGUACUGAAGAGACUCACAAUGAAAAUGAUAAUUCAGUUAUUAGGGAACAAGAAAUUAAUCAUAUUAUUACUAUUCUUAAUUCUAUGGGUGAAGAAACGUUAAAUGAAGAUGAAGAAACUACAAGAAAUGAAUUAUUGAGAAGACUUCAAGAAUAUAUUAAUUUAGAUAUACCUGUUAUUCAAAAUCAAAUAACUAGUGAUGAAACUAAUAACGAAGAAGAAAAAGAAAGAAAAAUAGAAAAUAAAGAGAAAGAAGAAGUAAAUGAUU